GAGGGGGAGAGGCCCGGGAAGGCCUGGAUGGGAGAGGGGGAGGUGCCCGGUGCCCCAGCUGGCCGGCAAGCAGCCGGAGAACUGGCAUCCGGGGCCGGCGAGCGGGCUCGGGGCGGAGAAUGGCCCUGCAGCAAAGCUGGGCACCCCGACAGUCCGGCAGGUUCCAGGGAGCCGGUGGGUGCCGGGCCGAACUCCCCAUCGGCUGCCGCGAGCAGUGCUGUCCGACUCCACCCCGGGCAGCCAGGGCAACGGGGGCUCCCCCACUUUCCCAGACACCUCCGGCCCCUAACGUGUGGGGUCCCCGCAAACCCGAGCAGUGGAGGCGGGCACCACCCCAGGGAAGGAGGGCGUCCCGGGCCCAGGCCUUGGAGCCGAGUUCCUGUGCACGGAGCUGCCCAGGGCUGCCCGGGGUCAGGGGAGCGGGCCAGCCGGUCAGACUCCGGCUCUGCCUGCAGCCACGGCUGCCCCCUCCCUGCCCCCGCUCCCUCCUCCCCGGGCUGCUCCCAGCUGCCUGGGCCCACCUUUGCCCUCGCUCCUCCCCGCAUCCUCUCUCACCUCUGCAGAUGACUAACGCCUCGGGGCUCCUGGGAACAUGGCCACGGCCCAGCCCCGGGCCGGCUGUGCCCACCGUGCCCGCCGGGCCGCAGAUGGACCGCAUGGGGAACAGCUCCCAGGGCGCCUCCCGGCUCUUCCUCACCACCGCGCUGGCCCGCGGCAUCUCGGGGGUCUUUGUGUGGACCGCCCUGGUGCUCACCUGCCACCAGAUCUACCUGCACCUGCGCUCCUACACGGUCCCCAACGAGCAGCGCUACAUCAUUCGCCUGCUCUUCAUCGUGCCCAUCUACGCCUUCGACUCCUGGCUCAGCCUCCUCCUCCUGGGGGGCCACCAGCACUACGUCUACUUCGCCUCCGUGCGUGACUGCUAUGAAGCCUUUGUCAUUUACAGCUUCCUGAGCCUCUGUUUCCAGUACCUGGGGGGCGAGAGCGCCAUCAUGGCCGAGAUUCGGGGGAAGCCCAUCCGGUCAAGCUGCAUCUACGGCACCUGCUGCCUCCGGGGCAUGUCCUACUCCAUCGGCUUCCUUCGCUUCUGCAAGCAGGCCACACUGCAGUUCUGCAUCGUGAAGCCCAUCAUGGCCGUGGUCACCAUCGUCCUGCAGGCGUUCGGCAAAUACCACGAUGGGGACUUCAACAUCCACAGCGGCUACCUCUACAUCACCCUGGUCUACAACGUCUCUGUCAGCCUGGCCCUCUACGCCCUGUUCCUUUUCUACUUGGCCACGAGGGAGCUCCUGCAGCCCUUCGAGCCUGUCCUCAAGUUCUUCACCAUCAAGGCCGUCAUCUUCCUCUCUUUCUGGCAGGGGAUGCUGCUGGCCAUCCUGGAGAAGUGCGGGGUCAUCCCUGAGGCCCAGGUCAUCGACGGGAGCAAGGUAGGGGCCGGCACGCUGGCCGCGGGCUACCAGAACUUCAUCAUCUGCAUCGAGAUGCUGUUUGCCUCCAUCGCCCUGCGCUACGCCUUCACCGUCCAGGUCUAUGCCGAGAAGGAGAGCUCGCCAGCCCCCGAGGCACCCAUGCACAGCAUCUCCAGCGGCCUCAAGGAGACCAUGAGCCCACAGGACAUCGUGCAGGACGCCGUCCACAACUUCUCACCCGCCUAUCAGCACUACACCCAGCAGGCCACUCACGAGGCCCCGAGCCCUGGUGCCCACCCCAGUGUGGCCGGAGGCUCUGGCGGCCUCAGGAAGAGUCGCAACGUGGAGAAGAGAAUGCUGAUCCCCGCAGAGGACCUGUAGGAGGGCCAUGGGGGUCCCCGGCCGCCUGCCUGGACCAGGCUGCCCAGGCCUCUGGGAAAGCACAGGGCCCCUCACCCUCUUGCCAAAGGUGAAGCCCCUCCUGGGAGCCCUGAUGCCAGGCCGGUGGCACCACUUCCCGGCCUUCCUCCCGCCAGCAGGCCCGUGGCCCCAGGAGAGGGCGCCUGAGUUUAUCUGACGAACCAGGAACCCACCGGGCUCACCUGGCCGUCAUGGGGCUGUCGUGAGGCAGGCACUGGCAGGGCAGGGGCGGAUGGACGGACCUCACUCUGGGCCCUGGGAGAGCGAGGCAGCCCCACCCUGAGGACGCCGAAGCUGUAGGCGCUACGGGCCGGUGGGGGCAGGGGACUGGGCCGGGCAGAGGUGCUUUGCACCCCCUCCAGCCCUGGGGAUUCCUGAAAAGCCCCCACCCGGGGAAGGCGUGCCUGAUGAGGCUCUGGGAGGCGCCCAGGGCCACCUGCACAGAACCUUCACCCUGGGCAGCCCGCGAAGCGUGUGGGGCUCCUGGGGGCAUCACCUAUUUAUACAUAAACAGCCUGCGUUUUCUAGUGAC